AUGCUGCAGUUGCUGCAGUUGGUGCUGCUGCAGCAGUUGCUGCUGCUGCUGCAGUUGCUGCAGCAGCAGCAGAUGAUGAUGAUGGUGGUGGUGAUGGUGGUGCUGCAGCAGCAAGGUCGAUGUGAUGCUGCUGCUGCAGUUGAUGCUGCUGCUGCAGUUGCUGCUGCUGCUGCAGUUGAUGCUGCUGCUGCAGUUGAUGCUGCUGCUGCGGUUGCUGCAGCAGCAGCAGCAGCAGAUGAUGAUGAUGCUUGUUGUGGUGAUGGUGGUGCUGCGGCAGCAAGGUCAAUGUAUGGAGCUGCAGCAGCAGCAGCAGCAGCAGCAGCAGCAAAAGCAGCUGUAACAGCAACAGCAGCAGCAGCACCACCACCAUAA